AUGGACAUUGAUGGACUUGAGAGGAGUAUAGAAGAUAAUACCAGAUUGUUAAAAGAGCACACACCAAGUCUUGGAACUGAGUUUGAGUCAAAGGAAAUUGCAUAUCAAUUCUACAAUGAAUAUGGAAGAAUUAUGAGAUUUAGUAUUAGAAGAGAUUACCAUACGAAAAGCAAGAAAGAUGGUAUAAUGGUUACUGGAAAGUUUGUUUGCUAUAAAGAGGGAGAAAAGGAUAAACAAAGUGAAAUGGUAAAACAACCUCAACAACACACAAGAACUAAUUGUAAAGCAUUCUUGUAUGUCUCUUUAGAUCGGGAAUUAUCAAAAUGGGUUAUUACAAAGUUUGAUGAUACCCAUAACCAUAUUAUGCAUCUUCCUCAAUGUGCUCAUACGAUGCCAUCUCAAAGAAAGGUCUCUGAAGCUCAAUCUAUAAAUAUGGAAUUAGCUGAUGCUAUUGGUUUAUUACUCAAGGCAUCACAUGAUUUCAUUAGUACCCAAGCAGGCGGGGGGGAAUUUGUAGGAUUCAUGCGAGAAGACCAAAAGAGUUACUUGCGUGUAAAAUGA